AUGUCGUCCCUCAGAGAAAUUCAUCCUGGGUUCCAACCUGGCGUGUCAUUCGCCCUCGCACGCCAAGUACCCGCGUACGAAGAGCUACCACCCGUACUAAAGCCGACCGCGUUUGGCCCCAUCCCUCCAAUCAUGCACUACGGCUACCUCAUCACCUUUGAGCAGUUCUUCGCUAUUGCAGCGAUGCAGCUAGGGUUUUCCAUAGAGUUGAAAGAUCACGCCUGGUCCGAAGACAUAGCAAUGCACAAGGUUGCCCAGUACAUAGCUGGGAAAGUGAUCCACCAUCCAACAAAGGUUGCAUGGGUGUGUGUAGAUCGUAAACGACCGUUCCUUCUCUCGCUAUGCACAAACUGGUACCCAAGCCAGCGGCUGGAGGAGGUGGAUCCGAAGGUGAGGGAAUAUCUUGGGAUAGAGGAGAAAGGGAAGUGGUACUUGGACGCUAAGCAGUGGCAAUGGAGAGCAUGA